GGUGUCGACUGUCGAAGCCAGAACUCUCUCUCCCUUCCCCCUGCCAUCAUACCGCCUGGAACCCUUCUCCAGCUGCCCUCCCUUUCUCUCUUUUUCCCAACUCUCUUGCUGCUCGCCUACUGCCAUUUUUACUUUUUAUUCUUCUUUCUUUUUUUUUUCUUUUCCCUUCUCUUCUCUCCCCAUUUCAUACAAUCACCAACCUUACCGCGAACUAUCCGGUGUCGGUACCUUGCUCCCUCUCGCUCUCUUUCCCGCCAGCUGCUACCACCAGCUAUCACUGCAGCAUCCAGCGAACCUGCGGCGGUGAACGUAGGAAAUCUUUCUAUGCUGGCCUGACAACCUUCUUUAGUAUCAUCAUCCCCUCGGAAAGUCAAAAGUCAAUAAUUGUCCGAGAUAGCCCUCUUUUGACAGUCCAUCGCCCCCUUCCACACGAGGAGAGGAGAGAAAUAAGACAAGGGAAUAAAAAAAAAAAAGAGGGUCGGUAGAUCACUCGACUACACGCUUUCAUUUAUCGCCAAAUAUUCCUCUUCACGCAUUGCGACGAUUGGAUUUCUUCACCAUCUUUUUUUCUUCUUCUUUCGAUCUUUCACCUUCUAGGCGCAGAAGAUGGUGGGGACUCCGACGUCUCCCGCUUCCCCUUCCUUCAAUGGUUCUCGACCCAUGAGCGCUGUGAUACGACCGGCUCGAAGCUCGAGUCGCCUGAGCAUGAGCAGUAAGGCCGGGGGAAGCAGAGCAUCUGAUGAGGACGCGAGAACUUCUGUUAAAGUUGGUGAGUUCGGCAGGCUUCUUCCUCGUCAAUCCUGUUAUCUUUGUUACAUGAUCCAUCUUCGAUUGGGAGCUAUCACAGACAUUGGACGGUGUCAGCCUUAUCCCGUGCCCGGGGAGCUUUUAUGACGCGAUUAUUGGCUUCGCAUCAAGUGCUAACGGCUUUAUACAGCUGUCCGCGUGCGACCGCCGCUCCGCUCAACUGAUCCCGGCUUCGAUUUGAUACCGCAACGGUUCCAGAGGGGAAUGGUACAUGUUACGAGCCCGACAAGCCUCGCUGUGGAUAGUCCUCAGGGAAGAAAGAUAUUCGUGUUUGACAGGGUAUUCGGGCAGGAAGUAGACCAAAAUGGUGUUUGGGACUACUUGGAGGAGAGCGUGAACGCGUUUGUUCAGGGUUACAACGUUUCGCUGCUGGCCUAUGGUCAGUCAGGGGCUGGAAAGUCAUACACUAUGGGGACUUCAGGUCCUGAUGAGCAAAGCAACAUUAAAGUUAUGGGUAUGUUCUUUUCUGUUGCGCGACUCUUUUUUUUCCAUCUCUUAUUUUAUUUUAUUUUAUUUACUUUUUCUCUCCUUUCUCUUGGAACUAGUCCCUUUUUUCUGGAGUGGGGGGUUGUCUGACAAGGUGUUUCAGGGGUAAUUCCAAGGGCUGCUGCGGCUCUUUUCGAGAGGCUUGGAAGCGGCGCUCCAAACCCUCGAAGUUCUACUUCCGGCCUAAGAGCGCCAGCGAGAUAUUCCACUCCUAUAUCGCAAUUGGUAAAGCCAACUGCGGAUAAGGGCUGGACUAUGAAAGCUAGUUACGUCGAGGUGUGUUGCGCGAAAACGGCAUGUCUGUCCCAAAACACGUGCUGAUAUCGUAAUAUAUAGAUAUAUAACGAACAAUUAAGGGAUUUACUGUUGCCUGAGGGCACGAGACCUGAAGAGCGGGUCCCAAUCACCAUUCGGGAAGAUACAAAGGGAAGAAUCCUCUUGACUGGGCUGAAUCAGGUCACUGUGAAUACGGUUGACGAUUUGCUUGAAGCGUUGAACUUUGGGUCUUCCAUUCGGCAGACAGAUGCAACAGCUAUUAACGCGAAAUCCUCUCGUUCACAUGCGGUUUUUAGCUUGAACCUUGUGCAACGAAAGCCCAAGGGGCCUGCAAGUAAGGAUGAGAAGCGGUUUUCGAUGCCCACGGAGAUUCUUGGACAGGAGGGGUAUGUGACGGUUGACAGUAAAAUGCACUUCGUCGAUUUAGCUGGUAGUGAACGGUUAAAGGUAAGCUUGCGCGCACCGCUCACACUUGGGAGGAGGCUUGUUAACAGUCACUGUGCGAUAGAAUACUCUGGCCCAAGGCGAUCGGGCAAAGGAAGGGAUAUCGAUUAAUGCAGGUUUGGCGAGUCUGGGGAAAGUUAUUUCACAGCUUUCGACACGCCAGGCCGGAUCGCAUGUCUCCUAUCGCGAUUCCAAACUUACCCGUCUCCUCCAGGACUCCUUGGGCGGCAACGCGAUUACCUAUAUGAUCGCCUGUGUUACUCCAGCCGAAUUCCAUUUAAGUGAAACAUUAAACACUGUCCAGGUAUGUCGUUCUCGCAUGAUGAUAUCCUGCGUGCACCCUUGCUAAUAUUUACCCCCCAGUAUGCUCAACGUGCCCGUGCUAUCCAAAGCAAACCCAGGAUACAGCAGGUUUCGGAUGACGGUGACAUGAAAGCCCUUGUAGAACGUCUCAGGGCCGAAAUUGCUUUUCUGAGGGACCAACUGAAGAAUCAUUCGGAAUCUAGCAGUGGGGCUAGCAGCGGGGGCCAAUCCCGUUCAGAGCGAUCAGGAGAUAAGGAGAGAGAGAUGGAGCUCCAGAACCAGCUCUUGGACCUCCAGGAAAAUUAUGGUGCCUUGAGUCAGCGUCAUGCGAAACUUAUAUCGGAGAUCACCAAGGUCCGGGACACACAAGAACUUUCCGCGCAGACCAAUGAUUACGCAGAUACUGCGGAGGAUAGGCUUGCACGGUCAAAUUCGCUCUCAGUCGCUGUAGAACAAGUUGUUUUAGGUGAGUAGUAUACAUUUCUCUAUUGGCAAUGUGCUAACUUUUCAGAAUAUGAAAAAACAAUUCAGAGUCUUGAAACUUCAUUGUCCAGCACUCGGGGCUUAUUGUCAGCCAACGAGAGUUGUCUUCUGGAGAAGGAGACCAAACUUGCAUACAUUGAGACCGUUAACCAGCAACUCCAUGCACGUGUUCAGAAGCUGAUGGAUCGCGAGUCAAGCACUGAGAAUUACCUUCACGAUUUAGAGACCAAGUUGGAUAGCCAUACAUCUGGGGAAGAGAAAAAUGCCGCCAUCAUUGCCGAAUUACGAAAAGAGAUUGCACGGAUACGAGAGAAUGAGGCAGGUUGUGAGGAUUAUAUUUCGACCUUGGAAGAGCGAUUGGCAGAGGCGGAUCAGGAUAUGGAGCUUAUGCAGAGGGAGAUUGACAGGCUUGAACAUGUUGUGGACCGUCAGCGCAGCCUGGGAAAACUCGAUAACCUCCUAUAUGAGCUCGAUUCGAUGAAUUCACAAAAGGAAGAGAAACCGGUGGAUAAGGCUGCAGAGGUACCCGAGAAAGUGAGGAAUGGCCGCGCAAGACCUCACAGUGAUGAUACUCUUGUUGAGGUUCCUGAAUCGGUUAAUGGUGAUGAUUUUGUGGACCCCGGCGAGGGAAAGCUACAAGCACGGGGCAAUGGAAUGUCCGGGUCAGCUACUCCCGGCACUGGCGAUCGCACCUCACGGCCUACAUCAGGAAAGGUGAUUCCUUCGAUCACACUUGAAAACUCACCCCAGAUCGAGUACCCUCCCCAGAGCCCGGCCCAGUCACAAUUUGUUGCCGAUAAGUUGGAGUCCGUACAACAAGAGCUUAUCGAUCUCAAAGUCGAACACGAAGCAACUAUCAAUGAGUAUGACCAGAUGUCUGCCAACUACGAGGCAGCGCUCCGUGAUCUCGCCGCUCUCCAGGAUCGUCUCGACGAGGCCCGGCAUCAGGCUACUCCUUCACAGGGCACCUCACCUCCACCAUCGCCAAACUUACGACCCACCUCUUUUUUAGUAGACGCGAGGGUGAGCGAUUUAAGGGCCGAGGAGCAAGAUUCAUCCUCGCUUUCGCUAUCUUCGGAAUUAUCCUUGGUUGGGGAUUCGCCUAUCUCCCCAGUGAGUAUCGACAGCGAAGCGCAGCGCAUUAAGGAAGAGUUGGCGUCGCAAAGGAAGAUUAGUCAAGAGAGGGAGGAGGCAUUAGCGAUGGAGCUGGAGAGUGUCAAGAUUCGGAUGGAGGAGGCCCUCAAGACACAGGAGGAGGAGCACGAUCUCCUUCACUUGCAGUUGAAGCAAUCCCUUGAUCAGCUUUCUGAGCUCCGCCACAGAGAGAGAGUUUCCGGUGUCAUCUCGCCAUCUGGUACCCAUAUUCUUCGACGAAAAUCUAGUCAGAGUUUGGCUGUUCUGGACCGUGCUCGCCGAUCUUUUGACAAUCUCCAUAGAAUUGCAGUUGAGAAUUUCAAGGAUGAUCCGGAGAUCUUGGAGAACUUUGAACUCAAUAUUGAUACCGCCGUCAAGGAGCUCACAGCCCGUUCGGACCGUAUUUCGGAAUUGGAGACCGAGAUUACAUCGUUGAGGAAGGAUAUGGACACAAAGUCUGCUAUCAUAAACGGGUUGGCCAGAGAACGAUCUAGCAUAUCUACUUCGCCAAUGGACAUCUCGGUCGUCGCAGUCAUGGAACGGCGCAUUGAGGAGUCACAGGCCGAGCUCAUUAGCACGCGAGAACUACUCGCAAUCCGUGAGAGCGACUUAGCCAUUGCCCAUCGCGAACUGUCGGCACAAUCAGGAGAAUCGGCUAGUGAUGUGGAGGAGCUCCUCAUUGAGUUAACCAGAGAGAGGACCUUGAAUGCUGAGAAGUCACAGCGGAUAUCCGAUCUCCAGAGAGAAAUUGUGGAUACACGGCAAAACCAUGACACGGCUCUCGAGACGAUCAAUUGCUCUAAGAAAGCUCUUGCUACUGUCGUCCAGGACCUUGAGGAUGAGUUGGCCAAAAGUAAGGAGGUUGUCGAGUCCGAAAGGACACUCAAGGUAGCAGUCGAGGAGGAGAAGAUUCAACACCAAGAACAUGUUAAGAUGCUUCAAAUGAUUGUCACCGAGAACAGGGCUACCAUUGACUCUCAGCUCGCACGAGUUGCCGAACUUGAGAAAACCCAUGCGGCCACUCGUGAACAGAUUGACAGCCAGCUCUCUCAGUCUUCAGACGCCUCUGAAUCUGUCCUUGAGGAGAUCCGGAAACAGCAGGUGUUGGCACAAGAGCUUGAGCAAACCAUUGCUCAAAAUAGAGAAGUUAUUGAGGGCCAACAGGCCCGGCUUACCGAGCUCGAGGCAUCUUACCAGGAUGCCAUUGGCCAAGUCGAGGCUCUCCAGCGGAAGGAGGAGGCAGCCGUUCUCGCGCUCAAAGAAGCAGAAGCACGUGCAUCCGCGGAAAUUGCCGCUACUAAUGCUAAGCACGAGGAACUUGUUCAGACCAUUCGAUCUAAACUCGAGGAGAGCAAGAGUGCUAUUCUGGAACAUGUUGCCAACCUUACCAGACUCCAGAUAAGCCAUGCCGAGGCUAAGUCACUCAUUGGAACCCUUGAGGGCGAUAAGUCAAAGGCACAGGAGGAGGCUGCCCGACAUGCUGCCGCCACCACGGCACUUGAAACUGAAGUCGAAGGGAGCAAGGCUACAAUUAAGAAGCAUCUCGCCACAAUCUCAGAGCUUCAGGAGCUUCACAAGCAGACUGAUAAGGAGAUUGAGAAGUUGUCCAAGAAGGAGGCUAAGCACGCCAAGUUGCUUGAGGAUCUUGAACAGCAGCUUACAUUCACCUUCGACCAGAACCAGGAGAACGCAACAAAGUUGGCUGAUAUCACCGCCGAAUAUGAGCGUCUCCAGCAGGAAAAGAAGGCUUUGGUUGCGGAAUCUACGGCAAAGAAUGCAGAGUCUCAACAGCUUGUUGAGGGCUUGACCGAUGAGGUUGCAAGUCUUCAGGUGAGCCAGCUCGGUCCGGGAACAUUGAAUCAUAGGUUGACUAACCGCGAUAUUAGACCAAACUCGCAGAAGUUCAAAUGGAGCUCCAGGGAUUGGGUGGAGCACGUGCUCAACGAUCCAAUUCGACUUCUUCUAACGGCAAUCUCCGAAAGAGCACUUCGACAACAUCACUACCAUCACCGCCUCCCGCAAUUCCCCUUCCUCCCCUGCCAGGUAAUGCUGCUUCGCCCGUUGCUGGCUCGGCUCAGCCCCCACCGACACCAAGCAUGUCCAGACGUCCCAGCAAAGACUAUGUCGUUGCCCAUAUGGAGGACCAAGAGGCACGGAUCAAAACGCUUGAGAAGCAGCUUCAGGCGGAGAAGGCACUAACAGUGACGCUCGAGGAAGCACUUACCGAUUGCGAGAACAAGAUGAAGUCACUGAGAUCGGACCGCGACAGUUUUCAGGCCAAGGCCUCCCAAGUCCAGCAGGAGCUUGAACGAGCCCGGAAUGAAUCUCAAACGAGCAGGUACUCCAUGCAGGCCGUUGAAGAGGAGCGGCUCGCGCGGAAGAAGGCCGAGCUGGCUCGGGAGCAGUUGGAAGUUAGGAUGCGUGAUAUAGCGAAGAAGAACAAGCGAUCGUUCGCUUGCUUUUAGUUUUUAUCUCCUUGUAUCUCUUUUUUCUCUCAGAGGCUCUUCUUGUAUUGUCAUUUCUUGUGAAACUGGUUACAAAAAUUUCUCACUCAUGAGACCUUCACCUUCCCUCGUACUCUGUUAGCCAAGAUAUUCACUUUUUUUCUUUCUUUUUUCUUUUUCGUUUCUUACUUUUCCUGCCUUUAUACCCCGCUCUUCCUACUUUUUUUCUUUUUCUUUAGCCCUAUCUCUCUGACAUUCUUGUCAAUUUCUUGUUAUAACUCUGGGUUUAUGGGUGGAUGAAAGUGAUUUUUGACUUUGAUGACUUGCUCUUCAUUUGUGUUUGCUCUUCCCAUUUGACGCAUGAAAUACCACUUCUUUCUGCUGUUUCUUUUUUUUUUUUUUUUUUACUAUAUAAAAAGCCUUGUUUUUUUUUCUCUUUUUCUUUUCAACACUAUUCUGGAUGGAUGGAUGGAUGGAUGGAUGGAUGGGAUGGAUGGACGUUCAUACCUUGUAGGUAUUUGCGUUUUUUUUUUCCAUUAUAUUUUUAUUUUCAUAACAUUAUUUACUUCUACUACCCUUUCUUCUCCGGUACCCGCAAAGGUAAAGGAAGUAAGGGUGAGAGAAUACUCUUUUUUUUUUUUCUUUUUUUCUUUUUUCCAAUUAUUAAAUCUUAACUUUUAACAUUUCUUUGUUUUAUAUAUUCACCCAAGAUUUUUUUUUACCCUUUACUUUUUACCUAUUCUCUCACCAAAUGGCUAUAUAUCGAUACCUAUAUAUCUAUCCCUCUACCGUAGCCAUUUGUUUCAUAUAUCUGUAUGUGUAUCUCUAUGCCUUUUUUUUCUUUCUUUUCUUAUUUCUCUUUACUUUUUUGUCUCAUCUCGUUUUGUUUGUCGUCACUGGUGGCCGGUGUUGGAUUUGUCGGGGUUUCGGAGACGUGCGUGGAAUUUAACUUUUACCCUCAU